GGUUGUUCGAUAGGCGUUUCCCUGUUCACCGGUUUCCCCGUCCCAGUUUCCAUUCCGCUGCUCCCCUGUUCUUCCGUUCCCCGGUUUCCCGUUCCUCGGUUCCUUAUUUUAAAGAUAGCGCCAAACGAAAAACAUUCAACUUUAAAUUCGGAAUUAUUCGAAUUGCGCUCGGAACUAGUUCGUGGUCCGACUGUAUACGAAUGACACGCGUAUGGGAAAAACAAAAUGGCUGCUUAUACCAGCUUUCGCAAAUACAAAUCAUGAUACAAAUACAAAAAAAAUUUUUUGCAAGUUUUGUAAGAGACCCACAGGAUCCUGUUUAAAAGAAGCCAAUUUCAACGCUGUUUUACAUAUAGCAGCAACCUAGCAUAAAUCAGAGGUAAAUAUAUCAUAAUGUUAAAAUUUAUCAAUAUUUACAUUUUUUUGCCAAGUUUUAUAUAUAAUAUACUUACGAAGUACUCAGAGUUGUGAUGUGUUAUCUGCUUACAACUUUUUGUAAUUUUGUGUUAUUGGUAUAGUGUGAAAACAAUGAACUGUCCACAUAUUCAUAUUAAAUGCAUAAGAGAAAUUAGUUUUACAGACAUGAAUCAGCGACAACAGUGCGAUGAAUGCAGUGACAAAGUAGGUGAGAUGUGGAUGUGUAUGCAGAGGUGUUGUUCAUUUGUUGGUUGUGGAAGACAUUCAAAGAACCAUGUGGAAAGUCAUCAUCAGAAAACAGACCAUGCAAUCUAUGUGUGUAAAAAAGACCGUCAAGUAUGGUGCUUUGGAUGUGGUCGCAAACUUGAAGAUGUAAAGUUGGCAUUUUCUCGGGAUAUUGAUGAGUAUCAGGAAAUGGAAGAGGAAUAUGACAGUGAUGAUAAUGAUACCAUGGAUAUGGAGGAAGAAGCAGCUAUGAUAGACAAGGAUUAUUUUGAUGGUUUUGAAAAAGGAAUGAAACCCAGAGGUUUAACUGGAUUGGUAAACAUUGGCAAUACUUGUUAUAUGAAUUCAGCUCUUCAGGCAUUAUCAAAUAGCCCAUCAUUGAUGCAAUUCUUCCUGGAAUGUCCAGGAUAUGUGAGGUAUCUGUCUCAAGCAAACGUUUCCGAAAAAUAUCGCUUGCUUGUCACCGAAAUGUGGUCAAAGAAAAGACCAAAAAGCGUCAAUCCUUCAGACCUAAUGUCGUGUUUUCAAAAAUUGAAUCCUCAAUUUCGCGGCUUUAGACAACAGGACACUCAAGAGUUUUUGCGAGUGUUGAUGGAUCUUCUCCACGAGGAACUUAAAGAACCAGUUCCUCCUGUUGCCAACAUUCAAGACGCUUCACCAGAAAAACCUGUUAACAACGUAUCAACAAGAUCAAAGCGAUUACUUGGAGGACAAACUAUGCAAGCUGACAGACAGAAUGGAGAGUUGCCGCAAAACGGUUCGAGGAAAUCACGAACAAAUCGCUACAAUCUUAGAAGUUUUUCCCGCCGGAAGGCUGAAGCCAUGAAAACCAACUCACAGAGAGAGGCUGUUGAUAAACCAGUCACAGAAGAUAAUGUCGUCAUCAAGGACACGUUGCUUAGUAACAGUCGUAGCUGCCCAGAGUUGCGAGAAGAGCUUACGUCACAAGCAGCUGGGGAUCCAAGUGUUGAGCCCAAAGAACCGGCGAUUUCAAUGGGAUUUGUAAAUAUGGCGUCAGAUCAUUCAGAGGGGAAUGAUACUGAUGAAGAAGAGAGUAAUUUUGAGAGAUCAGUUUCUGAUUCCGAGAUUAAUUAUUAUCACCUUGGGGGAUAUGGGGAGAGGAAUGUGAACUCAGAGCAAAAACCAGCAGCAGUUGAGUACUCGAGUAUUAUAUCAGAUUUGUUCAAUGGCAAGAUACGAAGUUCCGUGCAAUGUCUCACUUGUAAAAAGAUUUCAUCUACAAUGGAAACGUUCCAAGAUCUCUCAUUACCAAUACCAGGAAAAGAAGAACUCUCAGCCAUACACUCGACCACGCAAUGCAACCCUAUCAUGUCAUACUCGUCAUCAGACAGUUCGAGAGGAAUCUUUGGCACUCUUUUUGACUGGAUUUCAAGCUGGAUAUUUGGUCCUCGUGUUUCUUUCGAAGAUUGUCUGGCUGCGUUUUUCUCCGCCGAUGAACUGAAAGGAGACAAUAUGUAUCGUUGUGAGCACUGUUCGAUGUUAAGAAAUGGGAUGAAAGAAUGCAAAGUAUUUAAACUACCUGAGAUGUUGUGUAUUCAUCUCAAACGCUUCCGACAUGAAUAUUACCAUUCGUCGAAAAUAAGCAGCUUUAUAUCUUUUCCUCUCGAAGCCUUCGACGUGAAAAAAUAUUUGACAAAUGAUUUUUCAGGUAAAUGUACAAAAUACGAUCUGGUGGCUAUCAUCACACAUCAUGGUAGCGUUGGGGGAGGACAUUAUGUCGCCUAUUGCAAGAAUUUCGUAACGGCAAAGUGGUAUGAAUUCAACGACUCUUACGUCACUGAAGUAUCGGCAAGUUAUGUGCAGAGCUGUGAAGCCUAUGUGUUGUUUUACAGGAAAAGAGGUGAAGAUAUUGUGAAGUAUCGACAAAAAUUCUUUCGACUGAGUAAACGUUGCGAGGGUCAGCCAACAACGCACUACAUCUCAAAGAAAUGGAUGACGAUGUUUUACACAUGCGCUGAACCAGGGCCAAUUUCGAAUAACAGUUUCAUGUGUAAGCAUGAAGCAAUCGAUCCUCUCAAAGAGUCAUUUGUAAAUGAUUUGGUGAGUCCUUUACAGCAGACCUGUUGGGAUUUCUUGUUGAAAAAGUUUGGUGGAGGUCCUGAGGUUAAGACUUUGGAUAUCUGUCCAAUAUGCAAGAAAGAAUUGAUAGAGUUGGAAAAACGGAGAACGUAUGAAUAUGAGUCUGUGAAAGAGAUCUUUGAUAACAGUGACAGCUCAGGUCCUCAGUAUAUCAUCAGUUUAAAAUGGUUUAAAGAGUGGAAGAAUUUUGGUGAAGGUGUCAAUAAAGAUCCGCCUGGCCCUAUCAAUAACUUUAAAAUAGGACUUCAAAGAAAAAGAGUUCCGAAAGCAGUUUGGGAUUUCCUGUAUUCUGUGUAUGGUGGAAAGCCUGUUUUGCCUGUGGAUGAGGCCUAGCACAUAGUCAAAAAACUAACAUCACACUGUUGUUUGAAGGUUGUAACAAUAACAUAUUAUAGCUGGUAUAUGGUUUUGCAUGCACAAAUUGUUCUAUACCAGGAUAAAGAUUGAUAAUUGCAACAGGUAGCCAACACCAUGAAAAGUUGUUUUAACAAUAUGCUAUUGUCUAGCAAUUCAGAAAUCGGCCAACCAGAUGUGGUUGCAACAGUAUAGGCUAUAGCAAAAGAACAACACCAUGUCAUUGUUACAACGCAUUUCAAACACAUCUUUGGAAGAGUUGUUCUUGCAUACACCAACAUGAACCAAAAUGUAUUUUAUAAAAUUUGAUUUCAUGUAAACUCUACAUAAACAUUAAACUACCAUGCAAACAUUUUAAAAACCAAAUUGUAAUAAUUUGAUUGCAACCUCAAAGCCUGUGCAGACCAAAUCACAGGGAAUGCAACUAUUAGAAUCAUACUUGAUGUUGAUAGAAAUUGUUCAAAUUGUCCUUUACAUGUUCUUUGUAUAAGAUUUGAAAUCAAAUGUUAAUGUUUGUGCAAAUUAAAUGUAAAAUUAAAUUAUGU